AUGGUUGCAUUCGACGCGACUUUCAAGAAGAACAAAUACAACUACCCAUUGGUGAUAUUUUCAGAGUGCAACCACCAUGCUCAAACAGUUAUUUUUUGUGCUGCAUUGGUGUCAGAUGAAACGGCAGAUACGUAUCAGUGGUUGUUGGAGUGUUUUUUAGAGUGCAUGAACGAUAAAUACCCAGAAGUUGUUGUAACAAACGGAGAUGGGGCGAUGAGGGAAGCUAUAAAACAAGUGUUUCUGGAUGUGACACAUCAUUUAUGCGCUUGGCAUUUGAAUAAGAAUGCAGGUGAGAAUGUAAAGAACUCAGUAUUUUUUCAAGGUUUUCAAAAAGCCAUGUACUCUAAUUUUACAAAGGAUGAGUUUGAAGAUUUUUGGUCAAAGCUAAUUAAGGAAAAAGAACUUGAAGGAAAUCCUUGGGCUUUGAGAUCUUAUAGAAACAAUGAACUGGUUGUCGAUUUUAAAUCAAAGUUUUUAGAACCUGUGAUGACUACUCACCUGUAUGAGACUGAGAGGCAUGCCUUACAGAUUUAUACCGCGGAGAUUUUUAAAGAAGUCAAAGAUGAAAUAAUGAAGGCUGGAUCAUUGAUUGUUGAGGAAAAAUUAGAGCGCACCGAUCUUAAGAUUUAUAAACUUACAAAAUAUCGUCGUGCCAACUAUGAAGUAGAUGUUUAUUAUGAUGGUCGCACACUUCAAUGUGAGUGUAAGUUAUGGGAUUCUCGUGGGAUUCCAUGUUCUCAUAUGUUUUAUGUCAUGAAAGAAGAACACAUUGAUCGUAUUCCCGAAGCUUUGAUUUUUUCGCGAUGGAUAAAGGAUGCAAAAUUAGGUUACUUGAACAUGAAUUGUGAUGGUGCUGUUGAUUCUAAUAUAAUUGAGCAGGCUCAGUUUGGUGCUCCGGACGAUCCUAAUGUGGCAUCAAAGUCAGCCGUAGGUGAUCCAAAUACUGUGAAGAGCAAAGGUGCUCCAAAGAAAAAAAUGACACGAAAGCUACUAGGUGAUGAUCUAAAUGCAACAGUAGAACUCAUAAUGCAAGGAAUUGUUCGGGUACAGAAAAUGCGCCAUCUGAAUGAAAUGUUGAUAUGGAGUCGUUGUAAGAUUGAUAAACAAUGGGCCGAGUUUUUGGGUAAUUACGGUGGCGAUGAGGUUGAACAGAAUGUCGAUCUCAGUGACCUUGAAAGCAGUGAAGGUGAAGAAGAGAUGGAUGAAAAUUUCGAUGAAACCGUGGUCGAAGAAAAUGGCAUUUCAUUCAACUAUCGUGUCAUUGCUGCUGCUGUAAAAGGCAAAAAUGUUUUCCACUUUCCGGCUAAUGUUGCUGAAAAUUGGUUACUGUCGUUACAAAUUGAGAUAGACCUUGUUGAUGUUCAUACAAAUGAUGUUUACCCAUGUGUGAUGAAGACUGGUAGGAGGCCAAGGGAGAGAUAUCUUUACUUAGGUUGGUAUGAGUAUGUUUAA